CUACAUUCUGCUCCCGUUCACAUGGCACCUUCGCGUGAGAUUCUCGACGACACCUCGGUCGUCAUGAACGGCACCUCGGCCGUCUGCGAGUCGCGCAACCUCGUGCGCGACAACUCCAUCCGCUCGAUACGGUUGGAGGACAUGGAGGCUGAGUUGUGCGGCAAGGCCGACAACCAGCUGGACAUCACCUGCAUCAUCAUGGAGGACCCCGCCAAAGGAAAGGCCGAGUCCACCGGCAACACGAACCACAACAUCACGUCUGACAAGUAUUCCAACAUGCCGCCCGACUCCACGCACUCCAUCCUGCUCAAGCCGAACAACGGAGACAGCGUCGGAAACAAGUGCCUCCUCUUCGGCGCGCCCGUCUCCCCGGCCGAGUGUUUCUUCAUGACCGAGAGUGUCUGGCCCAAGAUGGUCGCCGAGUCCAUGGCCAUCGCUCUCGAGCAAAAGAAGGCCUCCGAGGUCGACGUCGACAAGAUCCUUGAGCCUGAGCCUCUCAAGCCUUUCGACGCCGGCUGCUCGACGCGGUCGAAGCACGUCGUGGAGUGG